AUGAAUUCACAUGCCACAAUCGACCUGACCCAAGACUCUCCACUCGAUGGCAACGGCCAAGACCUGCUCUCCUCACUGCCUCCCGAACUGCUGGACGAAGUGAUCUCCUACCUGUAUCCUGCCCACUUCCCGGAUCGAAUCCUCUUCCCGAAACAGGACGAGUCGCCAUGCUCUCAUCCUCUCGACUUCCUCGCCGCAACGAACCACUCUCUCCGCUCCGCAGUCAACGCCUGGGCACAUUCCUUCCUCCUCCAACACGCCCACAUCACCAAUUACAAACCGAAAACGUCGCUGGCCUCCAGUAAAACCAAGUCCAAGUCAAAAAUGAAGACCGCACCAUCACCAAAUCUCCUCCGCGGCCGCUCCGGACUCCUCACCUGGUCCGAAAAGCACUGCGUCUUCUGCGGCAAAAAUUCCGUCCGCCGCGCCAUCCUUGCAAACGGACUUCGCUGCUGCGACGCCUGUGACCGCAAAGAGUGGCCAGGCAAGAUCACCAAGACCCAAGCGCAGCGGGACUACUUGCUCAAGGAAAGCGAUCUUUUCAUCCAGAUGUACCCCGGCGGAAGAACAGCGGCCCCUGGACUUCUCUAUGGAGUCUACUCAUGUCAAGGAGGCCACGCUACGAUGAUCCUGGAAGAAAGCUUGCGGCGGGCGGCUCGCAGAAAGCACGGGGAUGGAUGGGAAGCCGAGAAGGAUCAGAGAGCGGCAGAACGGCAGCGGAAAAGCGCCGGUGACCCGAAUCCAGAUGCUUGGUCGGAGCUGACCUGGACGAAAGAGGAUGGGCUUCAGCUCAGUCCCGAGUGA